AUGGGUUUUCCUUUUUCUAGUCAUGGAGAGAAAUGGAAGCAAACUAGAUCCAUGGUUAAUCCCAUCGUAAUGCAACCCAAUAUCGUCAAAUUGUACAGUCACAUCAGCGCCCAAGUAGCAGAAGAUUUGGUUAAAAGGCUUCGCUUAUUACGCGACGAAAACAACAUGAUCAAGGACAAUUUCGACUACCAAAUGAACCUCUGGGCCCUGGAGUCCGUGAGCGCUAUUGCCCUCGGCGACCGGCUUCACGCGUUAGACGGCGAUUUGUCAGAAAACUCCCCCGCUAAACAACUUAUCAACUAUGUACAUGAGUUCUUUGCAAUCGCUGAAAACCUAGACUAUAAACCUAGCCUGUGGAGAUACAUCUCGACCCCCUCUUUCAAGAGAGCGAUGAAGGUUUUUAGCAGCAUCGAUGAGAUAACACUGGGCUUUGUUAGAAAGGCCAGAGAGGAAUUGAAAGGGCGAGGUGAAAAGGCCGAAGAUCAAAAAAGUGUUCUUGAAAAACUACUGGAGAUAGACGAACGGAUUGCUCUCAUAAUGGCGAGCGAUUUGCUGUUCACUGGAGUUGAUACGGUCGGAAACACAAUGAGCGCCACCUUGUACCUUCUCGCGAGUAACCCGGAAAAACAAAACAAAUUACGCCAAGAAGUUCUUUCCGGGAAUGAAAAGAAAACAUAUUUAAAAGCUUGUAUCAAAGAGUCAAUGCGAGUGAUGCCCGUUACAGGGGGGAAUGCUAGGCUCACUACAAAGGAAUAUAAUAUUUUAGGUUAUAAAAUACCUAAAGACAUGUUUAUAGUAUUUCCUCACCAAUAUCUUGCUAAAAUGGAAGAGCAAUAUCCUCGGGCGAAUGAAUUUAUUCCCGAAAGAUGGAUAGUAGAUAAAGAUGACCCCUUGUAUCAUGGAAACGCGCAUCCUUUUGCGUACAGCCCUUUCGGGUUUGGAGCACGAAUUUGUAUAGGUCGUCGCAUAGCCGACCUGGAGUUAGAGACCCUGAUAUCCAAGAUGGUGGAAAACUUCCAGAUCGAAUGGGUCGGCCCACCACCCACCAUGUACCAGAGCUCACUCAACUACUUCAAAGGGCCAUUUAAUUUUGUCUUCAAAGACUUGAAAGAAAACAAUUGAAUAA